AUAUUGUACCGCUUGCGGGAUGGUAAAAUUUUGCUGUGUCUGUGUGCAAAUGUCAAAAACUGAUUUCAGCUGCGAAAAAGAUCCAUCUUGUACGGUUAUCCGCUAGUGUCCAAAUCGGCUGGUUCGGAAUAUUUACAUGAAUCAUCGAGUGACGCUGUUUGGAGACAAGUAAAGCUCCGUCGCCAAUGAAAACGACAAACGGUGCAAAAUUUACAAAGCAGCCAUACAGCAGCGAUGACCUUUGCAGAACACCCAGUCUGUAUGUCUUCUCAUUCGUCGAUAUUAUAUGGUAGGUCGCACACACGGCCAAAUUGGUGGAAAAGUUUGAUUACGUUUGUUUGAAAACCUGCUGAAAAUGGAUUCGUGAAGAUGUGGCGUGUUUGGAAUGCCAAGACAUCAGGUUAUAAAAAUAGAAGAAUCGUUUCUGGUAAACACGGUUUACAGCAUCUAACGGCUUGAUUAAAUUUUCACCCCCAAACAUGCAGCAAGCAAAUGGAAGAAAUAAAUAUCGCUUUCUGCUAACGGUGCAAGUGCGAAGAAGCAAAUCCUGUAUGUAAAAAAGCAGAAAAAAAGAAAUCUUUGUAGAAAUCGAUCUCGCUGUGCAACCCUUGGGUUACUGUUUGUACUAGUGUAAGUCCGGAGAAGAAAAUCGUUGGGGUGGAAAAUUGACUCCCCCUGUGCUGCUUUCUGUCGUCAGUGGGAAUGCUUGUAGCUCUACUAGUGAAGUUUCAUGCUGAUGUUCCGAUUAUUAUGAGUGUGUAUUCGUCGUUCGGUUGAAUUUCAGUCGUUCGGUUUUAGAACCGAGAGCGAAUAUUGUAGCGAGUAAGAGGCUUUCCAAUCGCGCAAAGGACAGUCAGUCUGCCUAUUCCGACGGACGGACGCACGGAUAGCCGGGUAGUUUCGGUGAGAAAAUUUGUCCUUGUGUAUGCUCAUGCUUCGGCUCUCGUGCUCUGCAUUUGGUGCGUUCUGUGUUUGUCUACGACCCACCCGAACACAAACGGGGAAGUGUUAGAGUGAAAGGUUUGUUAUGCUAUACCUACAUAUCCUGCACUGAGCAUAAACAAAAAAAAACUCUUCGACAACAGAGUGCGAGUGCACGUGAACUUAGCCGGGAUUCCAUAGCAGUAAGUGUGGGCCGCACUGUGACAGUAGGAUUUAUAGCUGAAUAAUUGCUUCCAUUCAAUACAGUUCAGCGGCGAAGUUAAUUAACACAGUAGAACAUUAGAUAACAGGCCGGGCGACAUCCAUUCGUCGUGUCAGUCGUUUGCCGAAAAAUGUACUGAAGGUGACAAACCAGGCCACGUCAGGCCCGUUCCGAAGUAGCACGCAACCGUCGAAGUUGCGCGAAUCGACAGUCUAGCAAUCUCUAGCAAACCGAAGCCGGAAACCAUUAGGCUCCUUGUUAUAUGGCCGAAAGUGUCGUUCCCAGUGACAGCGCCAUGUUGACAGCGGUGACAAGUGGAGGAGGGUCGGUCCCCGCAGGACAUCAUGACUUAACCGAGGUGUCAGUCGUGGACAUCAAUGCGUCGUUAACUGCCUCGGCACCACUCCUGUCAACGCCCGUGUCUGCUGCGUGCAUCGUGAGCUCCUCGGCGUCAACGGCUGCCGGCAACCAUCAGUCGUCCCAAGCGGCAGCCCUGCUGGCCGACUCCGGUGGCGGAGGGAAUCUCUUUGGCAACCUAUCCAACAGUGCCGACCUGACCGCAGUGGCGUACAACUCUUACACGCAAAAUGUUCGCUGCCGGUCGCCGCCGACGUUGGUUGACAAUCUCAAAAACGGAACGAUCGGAAACUCUCAAAGCGCUCUCUGCAAUGGAGCCAUCAUGACAAACGGUCAAACCAAGGACUCCAACCUGCCCCACGGGCUGGUGCGAAAGGUACUGAACAACAGUGAAAACGGUCAAAAGAAGGGCAUGGUGUCGCUAACGCACCUUCCGAAGCGGCCGCCGAUCGAUAUCAACUUCAACGAUCUGGCUUACUCGGUGUCGGAAGGCCACAAACGUAGCUACAAAACAAUACUCAAAGGCAUCAAUGGAAAGUUUCGCUCCGGUGAGCUGACUGCCAUCAUGGGUCCUUCCGGAGCCGGCAAGAGCACCCUCAUGAACAUCCUAGCCGGAUACAAAACAUCCAGUCUGAUAGGAUCAGUCCUGAUCAACGGCAAGGAGCGAAACCUGCGCAAGUUUCGCAAACUGUCCUGCUACAUCAUGCAGGAUGACCGGCUGCUGCCGUACCUUACCGUGCGGGAAGCGAUGAAUGUGUCGGCCAAUCUGAAACUCGGGAAGGACAUCCCGAUGGAGCUGAAGAAGGAAAUCGUCGAGGAAAUUAUCGACACCCUGGGGCUGCUCGAUGCGGCCAACACGCUGGCACUGAACCUUUCCGGCGGCCAGCGCAAGCGACUGUCGAUCGCACUAGAAUUAGUCAACAACCCACCGGUCAUGUUUUUCGACGAACCAACCAGCGGACUGGACAGUGCGACCUGCUCGCAGCUGAUCCAUCUGCUGAAAUCGCUGGCCCGCGGCGGUCGAACCAUCGUGUGCACCAUCCACCAGCCGUCCGCGAGGAUAUUCGAAAUGUUUGACAAUUUGUACGUAUUAGCGGAAGGACAAUGCAUCUAUCAGGGGCUGGUCAACGGGUUGGUACCGUUCCUGGCUUCGCUCGGACUGGAAUGUCCCAGUUAUCACAACCCAGCGAAUUAUGUAAUGGAAGUCGCCUGUGGCGAGCACGGCGACUGGAAUAGCAAACUCGUGACUGCCGUCAACAAUGGCAAAUGUAAUAACUACAACCAACCAGUACUAGCUCAAAGCAAACCACAGAAAAACGUAGACGUAGAGGAUAACCAACCGGCGGCGGAGAGGAUCGUUACGGUACUCUCACUGGCGGCGGCCGGUCAAGACGAUCUGAAAAAACCAACCGCGGUAGAGUUCACCGCCAUCAACAUGCCCCCGCUGACCGAACCACUUAACAAUGAUAGUAAAUUUUCAACCGCCCUAGUUAGCAGUAGUACUAGUCUUAAACCGACGGAUCCACCUCCGGAAUGUGCAACGACGAUGAACGCUGUGGCAACCGGCACUGCCGGCGGCGUUGGUGUCGGGAUGAGUGGCACCAGUGGACCCGCCGGAACAGGCGCUCUUGCGGUCUCGUCGAAGCCAACUUGCACGACCUCACUGCUAGAUUCAACCGAAAGCGUCAGUAUUGCGAUACCGAAAAAGCUUACCGGUUUUCCGACUUCCGGCUGGAUGCAGUUUUGGAUUCUGCUGAAGCGAACCUUCAUUACGAUUAUGCGCGAUCAAACCCUCACCCAGAUGCGGCUGCUGUCGCACGUCAUCGUGGGGGCCAUCAUCGGCAUGAUCUACUACGACAUCGGAAACGAAGCGUCCAAAAUUAUGAGCAACGCCGGAUGUCUAUUCUUCACUACCAUGUUCACAAUGUUUACCGCGAUGAUGCCAACCAUUCUCACCUUUCCAACCGAAAUGGCCGUGUUUGUAAGGGAACAUCUCAACUAUUGGUACUCGCUGAAAGCGUUUUACUUUGCGAAAACGGUGGCCGAUCUUCCUUUUCAGGUACUAUUCACUAGUGUGUACGUAAUUGUCGUCUACUAUCUAACCUCACAGCCGAUGGAACCGAAACGAGUCGCGAUGUUCGUCGUAAUCUGCAUCCUGACAUCGCUAGUAGCGCAAAGUCUCGGGUUACUGAUCGGUGCGGGGAUGAGUGUGGAAACCGGUGUCUUUCUCGGACCAGUUUCCACCAUCCCAAUUAUCCUGUUCUCUGGCUUUUUCGUCAAUUUUGACGUCAUUCCGACGUACCUGCAGUGGCUAACGUACGUCAGCUACGUCCGGUACGGGUUUGAAGGUGCCAUGGUCGCCGUGUACGGCAUGAACCGGGCGAAGCUGGAGUGCAGCGAAGUCUACUGCCACUGGCGUAACCCGAUGAAGUUUUUGGAGGAAAUGUCAAUGGACAAGGCCGAGUACUGGAUCGACGCAACCGCCCUCUUCGGAUUCUUCAUAGGACUGCGCAUCAUAGCUUACUUUGUGCUGCGCUGGAAACUGCAUUCCAUCCGUUGAAGUGGCCGAAUCAACCCACGGUGCAAAUGGCACCGACCGGUCAACACGUUCAUUUUUUUCGUUGAAUCUAUAGCAAUUCUAAUGUUGCAUUCUGCAAUGUUGUACGCCGAAUAUAAUGUAAUUUGUACAUUUAAUAAGCCUAUAAUAAGCUCAUUUUUUGACGAAAACAUACACAGUGUUGCAGACUGGAAAUGUCAUUUUUUAGCAAAAGUAUUUCAUCCUAAAGAAGUUUUCAAUUUAGAGUUUAAUUCUCAUACAUGAUUAAGUUAACAAGCGGAAACACCAAAGUAAUGUUGCCAGAUGGUGUGAAAUAGCCUGUUGAAAAUCCUUGUUUUUCAAUUCUAGCGAUUGGCCCUUAAAAGAACAUAUCUUUUAAGAUAGUGUUUAUCGAAAUUGCUCAAAAAUGAUAAUUUCUAGUUUGAACACGACACAACCUAGAAGCAUGCUGUAA